AUGUCGGGGCUAUUCAGCAACAUCCUCACAAACACGACUUCGCGAUACCAGAAUCUGCGGCAACAGCUCCUCAACAGCGAAGCAGACGGCGACACGGAAGACGACUCGCACAUUUCCCGAGUGCUCCGCGCGUACUACACGGAGAAAGGCAGGCCAUUCCCGCAAUGGCUUCCUCCCGACCCAAAGGCCCCGCAGGCAGCUCCCACCCAAUUCGCAUCCUCGCGCCAGCAAGGACAGAUGCAACCCACGGGCGGACGAGGGGGAGGGCUGAGUGACCUAUGGGACGCGCCACAGCAACAACAGCAACCACAGGAGCCUCUCUCGUUGCGUCGUGGACCAGGUGCUCGAGGUGGAGGAGCGCGACCACUGCAAGGACGACCCGGCAUGGGCAACUCGUUGACACCAGAACCACAAAGCCAAGGCAGACCACUACCGAGCCAAAGGGCCGGCAGCUAUCAGAGCAGUCUCCAAGGAGGUUACCAAGCCGAUGCAUCGCCACCACCGAGCGCAGGAUCAGGCUCGACAGCACAGGAGCGGCUCAAGGCGAGGUUGUGGGGGAGGUCAAACAGCCCUGCGCCAAGUGCAGCCUCGGACGCAGGCAGCCAGUCUUCGAGGAUGGGCGCAUAUGACAGACCGGCACCACAGGGAGGAAGGGCGCCAUAUCAAGACGAGCGCAACAACAGUUAUGGAAGCACAGGUGGUGGUGGUGGUGGUGGUGGUGGUGGUGGUGGUGGUGGUGGAAGACAGCAGGGCUCGUCAAGCGUGUCGUCGAACUCGCCUUGGACAGGCAACGACGACCCAUACGGCCCUGGAUAUGACAGAGGACCACCACAACGGGGACCUGCAGGUGGACGUUUGCCCCGCAUGGCGUCCUCGUCACGAAGAUCGCCGUCGCCUGCUUCGUUCUACGCCCUGAGUGAUGAUGAAGAAGGCGAAUACAAUACCAUAAAACACACCACCAACGGCCGGGGUGUGAAGCUGCUCUACACCAAAAGCAAACCCCAGGUCUACGUACAUCCAUCGCCGUCGGCCAAAGACAAUAUCCCAGGGUUCGUAGCCCUGGUGCAGCAGAAAGGACGACCCACAGCUAGUGAUGCACGCCCUACCUCUUCCUCGUCCGCCCGAAGCGUCAACGCGCCCUCCCUGCUUCUCGCGUGGAUGCCCGAGUCGGCUCUCGGGGAUGCUUACGAUACAUACGUAAAGGUCGAUCUAUCAGAUUCGGCCUCUCCACCAACACAGUCCUACCUCGUACCUCCACCGCCGACGACUUCUACACACAGCGCAGUCCCCGGAUAUGCCUUCGCCAUCCCUGUCAGCGAGAUCUACUCCAUCUUGGUACGACCACCGAGCAUCGGAUGGUGGUUCGGAAGCGUCGUGGUCAAUACUAGGGCGGGCGAUAGCUUUCCAGCCCUCUUUUUCCAUGAUAGCGAGUGUCAGUCUACCAUCAUGCAGAGAAAGAAGCUGGCAAAAGAGAGUUUUGAUCCUUUUGGCGACGGCGGAGGCAUGUUUUGGGGCGGAGAUGAGGUGCUACGCUGGUUGAAGCGAUACGUCAAUGUGGAACGGUCCGGCGCUGACCCAAGCGUAUACCUGAUCGAUCCGUCCGAAGACGACAAAAAAUCCUUUGGAAAGAACGCUACUUCGCCAAAGUCGAACAAAGACAGUGCAGAUGCAUCGUCCUCACAAAGCCCCGGUAAGCGGGACGGCGGCAUGGAUCCUGUCACCAAGGCAUUGAAGGAGGCAAGGUGGAACUUCCUCGAGAAGCUCAGUCAAGUCACGACAUUCACACGACGAACGGCGCAAGCAGUCGCGGACAACCCUAAGAUCCCACCACAAGUUCGGAGACUGAUCCAAAAUCCAGAGGUGCAGACGCUUCAAGACGAGUUCGACAGCGCACGAAUCUAUUUGGCAAGGUGGGCAAUGGGCAUGGCCGAGCAGAGCGAGCGUGAACGCAAUCAAAGGAUAUGGACUGCGAAGGACGUCCUAGCAAUGGAGGAGAGUGAUGUCGGAGACUUCGAGAUCCUUGACAUGGACAAGAUGACCAUGGCGGACAGGAGAAAGCCUGUCACGUUGAAGGAGUGGAAGGGCUUUUUUGAUCCAAAGGGCCGGCUCCAACUAACACCCGACGAGGUCAAGGAGCGAAUUUUCCACGGCGGUCUAGACCCCGAUGAUGGCGUGCGGAAAGAGGCAUGGUUAUAUCUGUUAGGCGUCUACGAGUGGGAUAGCUCCGAGGAAGAGCGUCGUGCAAACGUGAACAGCCGCCGCGACGAGUACAUCCGCCUCAAGGGUGCUUGGUGGGAGAGGCUGGCAGAAGGCGAACAGACCGAAGAGCAAGAGGAGUGGUGGAGAGAGCAGAAGAACAGGAUAGAGAAAGAUGUUCACCGAACUGAUCGCAACAUACCAAUCUUCGCGGGCGAAGAUAUUCCACAUCCAGAUCCUGACUCGCCAUUCGCAGACACCGGUACCAAUGUCCAUCUGGAGCAGAUGAAGGAUAUGCUUCUGACGUACAACGAAUACAACAAGGACCUCGGGUAUGUGCAGGGUAUGAGCGACCUUCUUGCACCCAUCUACGCAGUCAUGCAAGAUGAUGCCAUAGCCUUCUGGGCCUUUGUCGGAUUUAUGGAGCGCAUGGUAUGUGACAGCUUAACAACAAUCAAUGACAUGCUGACCUGUUCUGGCAUGCGCAAGCAGCUCACGACUCUUGAUCACCUUGUGCAGCUCAUGGACCCCAAGCUAUACCUCCACCUUCAGUCUGCUGACUCGACGAAUUUCUUCUUCUUCUUCCGCAUGCUCCUGGUCUGGUACAAGCGGGAGUUUGAAUGGGCCGAUGUUCUUCGACUGUGGGAGUCACUAUGGACCGACUACCAGAGCAGCAACUUUCACAUCUUCAUUGCGCUAGCUAUCUUGGAGAAGCAUCGCGAUGUCAUCAUGGCGCAUCUUCAGCACUUCGACGAGGUAUUGAAAUAUGUGAACGAGUUGUCUGGCACCAUGGAUCUUGAGUCCACAAUCGUUCGUGCUGAGUCACUAUUCAAACGCUUCCAACGAACGGUUGAAACCAUUGACAAGAAGGGCAACUUCCCGUCUGCACCACAAGCAAGGCAGCGAAAGUCGCAAGCCGCGGUAGAAGCUGGCCCUGUGCCCUCUUCAUCGAGCUCGAAUGCACCGCCCAAAGCAUCCUCUACGGGCACUGAUCAAGGCAAGCCCGCCAACGAGGAGGGCGAUGCGAAGGUCAUCAGCCCUGAGCUGCGCGCGCUGCUGAGCAGAAAGGUUGAGAAGCUCGACAAGCAGGACAUCGCCAACCACGGUGGCAGUGGCUCAUAGAUGUCAGACUCUCUUAUGUUACCGUUGAUGAUGGCGUUCCGGAAUAGCAUCACACGUGCUGGGGUACUUGGGACAUAUACUUCAAGUGUUUGGGUAUGGGUAUCGGUCUUCCUCUUCACCUUUGAGCGCAUCACUCCUCACUUCACUUCUUGGCACAAA